ACAGCUGGACUCACACACACACACCCACAGCCGGGCUCGCGCACACAGAGUCGGACUCACACACAGCCGGACUCACGCACACCCACAGCCGGGCUCACCCUCCCACCCCACCCCGGCAAGGCGUCCCACAGGGCGAGGAUGUUCGGCAAGAGCGUGGUGCUGCGCAGUGCGGGGGUGCUGUCGGCGGCCGAGCUGGGCUGCCUGGUGAAGGAGGAGGACGUGGUGCGGCACGAAUCCUUCACGGCCGAAUGGAGGGACCUGUCGCUCUCCACCAGGCCCGAGGAGCACUGCUCCCUGCGGGAGGUGGACGAUCAGCACAAGGAGACGUACUGGCAGCAGCAGGAGACGCGCUUCGUGGUGCAGCGAUCGCCCUGGCUCAUCAUGCGGCUGGGCCGGCUGGGCGAGCCCCUGGCCCGCUACCACCUGCCCUACCAGCGGGCGCUGCCCCUGCCCCUCUUCGUGCCGGCCGACCUGAGCGCCAAGGCCGAGCGGGGAGCCACCCCGCCCCAGCUGCGCCACUUGAUGGACUUCGAGACGGCGCUGGCCGGGGGCUCCCUGCCCAACGGGCAGUGCCAGGACAAGAAGGCCGUGGCGGAGAUCACCAAGGAGCUGCCCCCCGUCGUCCAGCCCAGCCGGCCCGACUUCGGCAAGGGUGACUUCCCCCGCUCCCUGUCCCGCUCCCUGUCCCAGGAGGCGCAGAGGGGCUGAGGGGCCGGGGCAUGGACCUGCCCGUAGGACUCUGCGUUCCCAGCUCACGGCUCCCCCUGCAUGAGAAAUACCCACGCUGAGCUGGGCAACGCGGGCUUACUGUAGAGGCCCAUCCCUGGGCCAAAGCCAUCCGGGGCGUAAGCUCAGCGAGGUUACGCCGUGGCUGCAUGUGGCUUUUCGAGUUAGACUGUGAGCUCUGUGGGGCUGGGACCAUGGGUUCGUACAGCACCAUGCAUGCUGAUGGGGCUGCAAGCGGUACUCUGUCUCUUUAAGACGAGCCUUUCCGGCUGAGCUGUCAAUCAGCUGUCAGCAAGGCUGUCACAGCAGCUGAUGAUCCAGUUGGGGAGGGGAGUGUGGGCUAGUGGUUAGAGCAGUCAGGGGCAGGGAGCCAGGACUCCUGGGUUCUAGCCCCAGCUCCAGCAGAGGAGUGUUGGCUAAUAGGUAGAGAAAUGGAUGGAGCUGGGAGCCAGGACUCCUGGGUUCUAUUCCCAGCUCCAGGAGGGGAGCAUUGGGUAGAGGGAGCUGGGAGCCAGGACUCCUGGGUUCUAUUCCCAGCUCCAGGAGGGGAGUGUGGGCUUGUGGUUAAUGCAAGUGACUGGAGUGGAGAGUGCGGGGUCCUGGCCCUAGUCUGGGGAGGACCGGUGAGUAAGUGGAGAUGAGGGCAAACCCACGAGAUUGCAGUUGCUGGCAUGGGGGGAGCACAAGGCGAUGCUCAGCCAGCCGGCAUUGCAGGAGAAGGAUUAGUGCAUGAGGGGGAUGAGUGGCUCCCUGUAGACGGCAGGACGGGGUGACCCUAGGAGCUCAUUUGCAUCCUCAAGCCACUGGGCUGAUAUUCUGGGGCAAGGAAUUCACUGUCGGCGUCCCCGUGUUGGGGCACUUGCUGUAUGAGGCUGUCUGGGUAAUAAAAGGAGUAAAGGCGG